AUGGAAGUCAAUCCGGAUCCUGAUUCCCCUCAUCAAAUCCACUCACCCAAUCAGUCUGGACCCUCUCAAAACACAAAAAAACCAAGAAAGAAAAGAAACCUGUCAACUUUGGAGAAGACGAAACUCACAGAAAUAUUCAAAUUGCUUGACCAAUACAACUACACCCCAAAAAGCUUCCUGAAAGCCUUCUUGGAGAAUGAGGAUAUUGAAUUUGCCGGACAUCGACGUUACUGGGCAGCAGACAGAGGCUGGGAUACAACACAGGAGCUUAUACAUACAAUUCGGAAGGUCAUUUCAAAAAAAAGCGCCGGGAAGAAGCUCUGGGAAGAUUUUAUAUUGUCAGAGGCAAGCAGGAUUACUAUCUCGCAGAAACCACCCAGCGGAGCGUACCCAAAUGGAGCCUACCACAGCAGUAGGAUGGUCUCCAGCUCGCUUUUCAAUCAGGAAUGUAAAGACGAACGCAAUGCCGAUCUUGUCAAAAAUCACAUGCCAUUCUUAUUUCAACUGAUCUCAAAUAAGUUGAAUGCACGACCCGCCAACAAGAAAGCAGCAACAAACAAGGACGAAAAAAAGGGAAAGAAGCAAGCUACAGACAUUGACGACAAUGAUCCUGAUUCAGACGAUGAUGUAGUCCCUGAGGAGAUGUUCGAUGAUCAAGAUCCACAGAUCCGUGAAGAGUGCCAAACAACCUGUGAUUUUCCUGACGCAACAACGGCCACCAACUUGCCAACUCACUUACAUUCCUUGCAUGCGGAGUAUCCGAUCAAGUCAAUCAGUUUUUAA